CAAUGAAUGCAGGGCAGAUCUGUCUUCCGAAAAGUAGGAGCCAGCUGCUUUAUUGAUCAUCUGCUUUCUUUUCUUCCCACCCCCCCCUCCUCCACACCGACACUGACAUUCUUCACCGGCAACAGCCAGAGAGCAUUGCAGCAAAGCAACGUGGAGGAGGUGGGAAAAAAAGGGAAAUAAAUCUCGGGAUCUGCAGCUUCCUUCCUUCCCUCUGCAACAUGAGCAGCGCCGAGCCUGCGACCUCGCCGGAGUUCGUGGACGACCGGCCGGUGGAUGAUUCCUUCGACACCACCUACAGGGAGAAGCAAGGAGCCAAGCCGGCUAUGAAGCUGGUGUGGCGGAACAUCAUCCUGAUGGGGGCUCUGCAUCUCGCUGCUCUCUACUCCUUCGUUCUGGUGCCUUUCGCGAAACCGCUAACCUGGCUGUGGGCCGCCUUCUGCUUUUUGCUCAGUGCCCUUGGGGUUACAGCGGGUGCUCACCGAUUAUGGAGUCACCGGUCUUACACAGCGACCACGCCGCUCAGGGUGUUCCUGGCCAUUGCAAACUCAAUGGCGUUCCAGAAUCAUAUUUAUGAAUGGGCUCGGGACCAUAGAGUACAUCACAAAUUCUCUGAAACAGACGCUGACCCUCACAACGCCACGCGUGGCUUUUUCUUCUCACACGUCGGCUGGCUGAUGGUCCGGAAGCAUCCAGAUGUGAUCGAGAAGGGGAGUAAGCUGGACCUCAGUGACCUGAAGGCAGACCCUGUUGUCAUGUUUCAGAAAAAAUAUUAUAAGCCCUCCGUGGUGCUAAUGUGCUUCUUCAUCCCCAUGGUGGUUCCUUGGUAUUUCUGGGGCGAAUCGCUCUGGAAUGCAUACUUCAUUGCAGCCAUCCUGCGAUACACGUUGGUGUUGAAUGCCACUUGGCUGGUAAACAGCGCAGCCCACAUGUUCGGGAACCGGCCCUAUGACCGAUGGAUCAACCCCCGCGAGAAUCGAUUUGUUGCGUUCGGCGCAAUCGGCGAAGGGUUCCACAACUACCACCACACGUUCCCAUACGACUACUCGACCAGUGAAUACGGCUGGCGAGGGAACAUCACCACCUGCUUCAUCGACGCAGUGUGUUGGCUUGGACUGGCCAGUAACUGUAAGAGGGUGUCCAAGGAGGCCAUCUUGGCUCGCAGGAGGAGAACUGGCGAUGGGAGCAUCAGGAGUGGCUGAUGGAGUUUGAGUGAGCAAGACUGAGUCACUGAUGCCCCCUUCUCCCCCCCACCCAUGCCAAAGACACCAGUGGUCAUGAAGGCAGUUGCCAGCGGCUAAACGAUUUUUGUUUUAAGGUGGAAUCUCUCCCUCUCCCUAAUUAAUCUCACGUUGUUCUGUGUCCCUAUUUAAACUGAUAAAAGACUGAAAAUAGCAGAACAAGCUUUUUAAUCCUAAUCCUAGAGCUUCAUCAUUGACACUAAUAUGGUUCAUUCUCCAUUUUGGAUUUAACAUCUUGCUGAAUGGUAUUCUUUGGGGCCACUUGACAUAAGCCCUUUUUUAAAACCAGUCCAUGGACGCUAUGGAAGAUGCACUUGUUUCAAAGUCCCAUUCCUCCUCUAAGCUUCUUCACACAGGUAAAGAUUCCACCUUAAAACAAAUGUCUUACCUAUCGCCUCAGCCACAUGGAAGAGAAAUACAACGAAACCAGUCUUGGCAGAGGGAAGUGCUUUUGCAGAUAUUUGGCGCUUAGUGCCAUACCUGACAUGCAGAAAUGAUUAGAUUAAGAUGGUGUGGCCACUCAAAUUCUGGCUAUUUGAAUUUUUUUUGUUUUUUGUUGUUUUUUUUCUGGAAGAAAGGGUCAAUUGAUGCCUUGCCAUGCAUCCCUGCCUGUGUCUCAUUUCAAAUACAAGGUUGGGUACAACAGUUGCACUGUAUGCCCGUUGCCUUCAAUACACUAAUAAGCUGAUGGAUUUUAGGUGUGCCACUGUAAACCAUGCGUCCCGGGGUGCCAGCAGCCGGGCCAACCCCAUGAGAGCUCUGCUCCUCCUCAAACAAACCACAGCCUCCAUCCAUUCCAAAUGCUGACCAGUAGCAUUCUGUGCUGCUUUUUCCAUCCGGACGGGGGCAAAAAGCAAAGGCCCAGAGAUUAAUCGAUCAGUUUAAUGUUAUUGCUUCCCUCAUCCCAUCCCAUCCCUACUCUCCCCUGUAAUCUCUCGCUAACACCAGAAACCACCUUUCUUUUAAACAGCUGAACAUCAGAGCUCCCUUUACCCCUUGUGUGGAAGGGGGUGAGGAGGUGAGUGGUGGCAUUACCCACUGGCACACAUUGUACCUCUUCAGAGUCUUUAGACUGACCUUUUUUAAAAAAACCAACUUUAGUGAACACAUACCUACACCAAACAAGAUUCUUGUUCCUAAUAUUUCAGUGGUCUGUCCAUCAUUUUCCACUGGGUUGCUUAUGGAAUUUUCUGGAAUUGGCAUUUUGAUGGUUGGGACUGUCCCAUAUGAAACUUGCGUUGAGAGACUUUUUUUUUAAAUUUUCAAUCUUGAUUGUGUUUGGUGUACGGUGUGAUCCAUUGUAUUGUUGUGACUAAAUGUUCGUCGUGCUUCAAUAAUCAUGAAAAUUUCAUAGUAAUAUAAUUAAAACGUUAUAAGAGAAAA